AUGCCCCGCCCUCCACCGGGGCAAUAUUUUCUGGAGAUCUUUGCUGGAGAAGCUGUGCUCACUCGGGCUAUGCAGUCGGCCAAUUUUCCAUGUCUUCCACCUAUCGAGCUGGAAGUCAACCAGUUCAUUCCUUUUUCUAUAGAUGUCACAGAUCCAAGAGUUCUUGACCACUUGAUGAUGCUCAUUCAGGAGGGGUUCCUCGCCUAUGUUCACUGCGGCACUCCUUGCUCCUCGUUCAGCUUGGCUCGAAAGGGUGACGGAGGACCUCCUCCACUACGCUCCAGGCAGGAGCUCUGGGGACUGCCGCGGCUAGCUCCUUGGGAUCAAGACAAAGUCAAGAUCGGCAACCGGCUCAUGCAGAUCACUGUGGACGUCCUAACAGCGUGUCACCAUCGUGGCAUUCUUUGGUCGGUCGAAAACCCACUCGGAUCUUACCUCUGGCUCAUGCCUCCUAUGCGGGGUCUCGCUGCUUUGGGUGCUCGCAUUGAGUUUGACAUGUGCCAGUUCGGUUCCCCACACAUGAAGCCAACUGCUAUCUUGACUUCAGCUCCACUACAGGCGCUGGCUCAGCGCUGCGAUCGCGAUGUGCGGCCACACGACCACGUUGCGCUGGUGGGCACGGAGAUCGUGCGCGGCAAGAAGCAAUUUAAGACGAAGAGAGCUCAGGUGUACCCACUGGACUUAUGUCAACAGUGGGCCAGUUUGCUGACCUUUACGAUGACUACGCCUGCCGGUGAACGGAAGCGCCCUCUCGGGCAACCUGUUCCCUGGUCCGGGCAUCGACAAGAAGCCACUGGCCAGAAGGCGAUCGCUGCAGGCUACCAGCUGAAGAAGUGGCGCUGGAUCUCAUCCAUCCUUUUUCGGUCACACCUGCGCUUGAGCCGGAUCUACAAGAAGCACUGGCACUGGCAGCGCUCAGACCAGAUUGGUUGGUCACCCAUCGGUGCCAAGCCCUUGCACAUUAACGUGCUCACGCCCUGCUGCCGGUCACUGACCAGAUCCUCACCAAUGUCAGUGACCCAUGGCUCAGACGACUUCUCCGAGGGCAACCUGAUCACCGACCAAUCAUCCUGGGAUCGUGCACACACAUUGCACUAUGGCAUGAGUUGGCCGCGGCAGCGAAGUCUGUCGAUGCCGGGUCCUAUCUCCCCCUCUCAUCCGUGGGAUCCCUUCGAGAAGGAACAGAUCUGCAUCACUCUCUCCGAGUUAGAGAAGCGGGCCUGGGACUUUUCUGCUAAGGAUUGGCUCUCUGAAGGGGUCGACCUCCGCCUGAAUUGCCCUGUCACCGCGAUCAUCCAAGACGAGGAAGACCCCCGUGUGCUGGUGCACUGUGCUUCAGACCACCCAGAGGCGACGGUGGAGAUAGCCGAUCUGGUGAUUGUGACGCUGCCCUUGGGAGUCCUGAAGACGGGGAAGGUGGAGUUCGUCCCUCCGUUCUCUGCGCAGAAAGAGGCCGGAUGCCGCGCGGGUGCCACGAGUCCGCACGUGCGCGUGGGCUUGCUGAACAAGGUGGCCUUACACUUCCGCGAGCGCUUUUGGCCACCCGAGAUGGUGGGUUUCGAUCGAGUACCCCUCAGCAGCUUGACGGACCUCGAGCCCCACGAAUGGGCUGGUGCACCAGUGGCCAUCGCCUUUUUUUGCUGGGAGACAGCAAGGCAGAUGGAGGAGCUGAGCGACAAGGAGCUCACAGACCGGCUCUUGAGGAUCCUCUCCGAAACCUUCGACCAAGCACUGCCAGAGCUUGAGGCUUCGUUGGUGGAUGUGAAGCGAAGCGGCUGGCAGGGGGACGACUUUGCCUGUGGCAGCUACUCGUUCUUGCCCUGUGGGGUAAAGCCCCUGCACCGGCAAAGGCUUCAGGAACCGCAUGGGCCACGGGUCUUCUUUGCGGGAGAGCACUGCCGGAAUGAUUUUCCCUCCACGGUGCAUGGCGCAUAUCUGUCAGGCCUCCAGGCAGCCAAAGAGGUGGCCGAGCGCCGAGGCAUAUCCUUUUCCGUUUUCAUGAAGUUUGCGGUGGGUGCGACAGACUUUCUUUCAACCUGGAACUCUUCAGCCUUCCUCACCGAGUCCCGCUGGCACUUCGGCCUCGACCGCUCGGCGCCGCUGGGGUCGCUGCGCGGGGCCGCGCGGCGCUGCGCGUCGCUCCGCUGUGUGGCGCUGCACGCAGCGCCGGCGCCGGAGCUGAGGAGAGCGGAGGAACUGGGCAGGUGGGUGGUGAAGGAAGCAGCUUGGAGUGAAGUCUUUGCCGCUUGGAAGGCCUUGGAGAUGGCGAAGCCCCGAAGCUGUCAUGUCCACUUGCGGCGCCGGAAGCAGUCGGGCACCUGGCCAUCCGACGUCUCCUUGCCGCUGCGGCGGGCGUUGGCCACGCAGCUGGAGGAGACCUUCGGCUGGACGCCCGAAGUGGUGCGCAGCGAGGCGGAGAUGGAGCUGCAGGCGGUGCGUUGGUCGGUGCCAUCGGGGGGGAGGGCGAUGAGCGCACAUGGAAGAGCACUUUUGAUAGUUGGUGUAACGAAGCAUGAAAGCAGCUCUUAA